GCAUCAGUGUGAGCGGGUGGAGGAGGAGGUGCUGCUGGUGGUGGGGAGACUGCCGGUGCUGUCAGGACUGGGCUGGUCGUGCAGCUGACUGGAUGUUAACGCGCAUCUCCGCUCAGUCUCAUGAUUUUAUCACCCGCAGCCUGAGGAGGACCGAGAGCGCACCGAGCCGCGGCGUCUCCACCAUGCAUCAUCCGUCUUCUAGGCGACUGUACCCGUUGAUGCGCCCCGGUUCGCCAGCUCCAGCCCCGACCACGGCAACAUAAAGGCUGCGGCUUUCUAUCGGGAAUGACAAAGCUCCCAAGAUGGUUCGCAUCGCCAAGGCCCUGGGCUUGUUUAUCCUGAGCGUCGUGGUGCUCAUCCUGUCGCUCAUCAGCUACGUGUCUCUGAGGAAAGACAGCCUCUUCGGCACUGGCAGAUAUUACUCCGGAGGCCCGCGGAUUAUGUUUCAUGCAGGCUUUAGGUCUCAGUUUGCCAUGAAUUUCCUGGACCCUUCCUUCAUCCCACUGACAAAUGCCUUGAAUGAGGAGCUCCAAGGAAAACCAUUCAAAUGGAAGUUCAACAGGACAGCAUUUUACAAGCAAAGGAAAGAAAUCUUCAACUACAUCGACAUUCCCCACAACUUCUCCCUCACGAAGGACAGUGUGCGCGUGGGCCAGCUAAUGCACUUUGACUACUCCAGCCACAAGUACGUCUUCUCCAUCAGCAACAACUUCAAGUCUUUACUCCCUGAGGCCUCCCCCAUCCUCAACAAGCACUAUAGUACGUGUGCGGUGGUGGGAAACAGCGGCAUCCUGACUGGGAGCCACUGUGGCCCCGAGAUCGACCAAGCCGACUUCGUCUUCCGCUGCAACUUUGCUCCCACCGAGGUCUAUUUCAAAGACGUAGGCAAGAAGACCAACCUGACCACAUUUAACCCCAGCAUCCUGGAGAGGUACUACAACAACCUGCUGACUAUUCAGGACAGGAAUAACUUCUUCCUGAACCUGAAGAAGCUGGAGGGAGCCAUCCUCUGGAUCCCCGCCUUCUUCCUUCACACCUCCGCCACAGUAACCCGAACCCUGGUGGACUUCUUUGUGGAGCACAAGGGUCAGCUGAAGGUUGAACUGGCCUGGCCAGGAAACAUCAUGCAUGAUGUCAACAAAUACUGGAAAACUAAGAACCUCUCUCCCAAGCGUCUGAGCACGGGGAUCCUCAUGUACACACUGGCGUCCGCCAUGUGCGAUGAAAUCCACCUCUACGGCUUCUGGCCGUUCGGGUGGGACCCCAACACAGGCAAGGAGUUGCCGUACCAUUACUACGACAAGAAAGGGACCAAGUUCACCACGAAGUGGCAGGAGACGCAUCAGCUGCCCAGCGAAUUCAAGCUGCUGUACAAGCUGCACAGGGAAGGCGUGAUCAAACUCAGCCUAACACACUGCACAUAGGCAUACGAGUGAGUGCUAGAUCGUCUCACACAUCACUCCGGAAACCACGACCCACAGAUAGAAACCCAUUUCCAGUAUUUGUUGUGUGACACAUAAGCAUGAUAGAUGGCAAUUGAUUUUUAAUCUGUAGACAGACUCAUAGUUUAUUUUAUAUUGAUAAUGACCAUCUUUCUGGACGUUUAGAUCACACAAAUGUUCAGUAUGUUGUCGUGCUAAGUAGAACUGUCAUGCUUCUAUGAUUGUCUUUUGCAUGACUCCUUACUAUAGCGUGACCAUUUGGCAAGAAUAAACAUCCCUUCCAGCUGUAAAGUCAAA